AACCGCUGCGGUUGCCGCCCGCCGAGUGAAUGGCCGCCGUGCGCGAGUGAGGAGCUGCCGGGCCCGAGCGCCUGAGACGCGGAUCGGUGUCGCCUCUUUCCUCCCUCCUCCCUCCCCUUCCGUCGCGCAGAUGGAGACCGGCAACUAAAGGCAGAGGCGAUCGAGCGAGUCUCCCCCGCAGGCGCCGCCGACGGCCGAGCCCGGGGGUCGGCUGAGGCGAUGCUCCGCGGCAUGGGCCGGGUGGUCGGCAGCCGCCGCUCUUUGGCUGCGGAGUGAAGGCGGUCGCCCUCCCGCCAUGGAUAAGCUGACCAUAAUCUCAGGAUGCCUCUUCCUGGCCGCUGACAUCUUCGCCAUCGCCAGCCUGGCCAACCCGGACUGGAUCAAUACCGGGGAGUCCGCAGGUGCACUGACAGUUGGCCUUGUUCGCCAGUGUCAAACGAUCCAUGGCCGUGACCGAACAUGUGUCCCUCCUCGUCUUCCACCUGAAUGGGUCACAACACUCUUUUUCAUCAUCAUGGGCAUCAUUUCAUUAACGGUAACGUGUGGUUUGCUGGUGGCAUCACACUGGAGAAGAGAAACCACCAAAUAUGCCCGUUGGAUAGCCUUUGCUGGAAUGAUCCUAUUCUGCAUGGCAGCCCUCAUCUUUCCAAUUGGAUUUUACAUCAACGAGGUUGGUGGCCAGCCAUACAAGCUGCCCAAUAACACCCAGGUUGGGUCAUCGUACGUGCUUUUUGUCUUAUCCAUCUUCUUCACAAUCGUGGGACUUCUGUUCGCUGGGAAGGUUUGUCUCCCUGGGUGAGGAAUUGGGAAAUGCCCUGCCUGGUUUUUCGUCAUUUGAGAAGACCCGGUUAUCGUACCCAUGUUGCUUUCUGCAGCCAGGGACUGUUCGAGCAACUCCCGCUGUCGAGGGUGGAUUAGUUCUUGUCACUAUGCACUUUGGAGAUAAAGAAGAACGUUUCCUCUCCCAUGAGACUCGAAAACUAGCCAGCAAACUGCUGCUUUGUGGAGAAGGAUGGGGUUCUUCUGGGAAAAAGCAUUUGAGGGAACUACUUCACUGAGGAGUGAUAAAGGCCCAGCUCUCUCCCCGCCAUUAACACUACACCCAUCACUGUUUGCAUUGGCUCCAGAUGUUGGAAUCCAUUAUCUCUCAUUUUCGCUCUUUAGAAAGAGACUCCGUUUGCGCUGGCGGUGAGGAGGUAAAUUCAGUGGGGCAGGCCUCACUGGUGAGACGCAGAACACUGCAUUUCAUGGAUGAGAAACCAUUCAGUCGACGGGGGGGGGGCGCUGGGGAAACGCUACACUACUUAAAGCGAUACCAAAAUGGAUUUGACCCCAGGGUCUGGACUCUCUGGAGCACCAGUCUGACUGGGGCCCGGUGUUAUGAAGCCUAUAGAUCAAAGGUUGCAUUCUAGUCUGUAUAAAACAAACUUGGAAAAUUAUCCCUGCUGGAUAUUAAAGCCAAAUAUAUUAUUUUUUUUAAUAAUAUUUAGAAGAAACUCCUUUUCCCUAUUUCUGUUGGCUGAUGCAUUACAUCAUGGAUGCAACUCUGGCCAGUUGGUUGCUUUACUGGAAGACACUAUUAUGUGAAAGUAGAAAUGAUUAGAGUCGCUGUUACUUUGAGGUGGAAAGCCCUCAGUUACCUCAUUCUUUCUGCUUUGUCCUGUUAAUUAUUUGUAGCAUCCGACCCUAACAUCGUGCUUUUACACAAUACCAUCAUGUCAAAACUUAGCUGGUUGCAAUUGUUUUUUAAAGGUUGACUAAGCUUAACUAAUAGGAAAAAUAUCUUUAUUAAGUUAUUUGUAUACAGUAUGAGAAGAAAAAUAAGAUUGUGACAUGUCCCUUUAAACACUCCACCACUUAAAACUUGAUACUUUUGUUUGCAAAAUCUUAGUUUGCGUUCUGGCUGUGACUGUCUUAAGUUCCCCAUUGAUACCGAUGUAGCUUCACCUGCUGUGUCUGUGUGAGUGAGUGUGAGAGAGAGGGACCCGUGUCCAUUCUGCACCUUCAGGUCCUUUAAUAUUAGAAGAUUCCACUGUGUCUCACGGCAGGCUGUCAUUUUCCAUAGCUCAAAGUAAGAGGCAACAAGGUGUAUGUUGCUUUAAGCUAAUCGCAAGAGGAUGUCCUGACUCAGUGAAUGUAGUGUUCACUGAUGUUGAGUUAACUCAGUGCUGUCUGACUUAAACAGGCAGAAGAAUGUAUACAAUCAGCUUUGCAGUAAAUAUACGUCAUCGAAUGGUAGUUCUACAGUUUAUCUUGUUAAUCACAGUGUUACCGUGCACUGCUAAUCUGACCCCAGUGUUAAACUUGAGCAGCAGGGCUUUACUGAUUUGUGUGUCACUAGUAGGAAGCUUGCUCUUCCCAGUGACACAGAGUGUUUCUUUCUCCAAUACUAGAGUAUCACAUUAGGAGUUGUGCUGUGUGCCUUUCCACACUAAUCAGGAGAGUUGGUCAAGGCUGAGCUCUCCCUGGGCACGCCUCUCCAGUCGCCCGUCUGUCCCCACGGGUGGCUGACAGAAAGAUGGUGGUCUGGUGUUAGCUAACAUGUCAGUUGAGGUGUCUGUGAACACUGAGUGAACAAAGAGUAUAGAGCGAAUCAGGUGGGAUGUCAGGGGUUUGGCUGCAGGGAGUUAAAUCGUUAGCAAUUUCCACAGGUCUGUGUGCACUGCCUUUUACGGUAUGGAUGUAGGAAAAAUUAGUGCAUUAAGAAAUGAUUGUGUUUAAAAGCAAUCUUAUACCUCAGCAUUUUCCUUAAUUUCACUGGGCAGGGCACAGGCUGCUGGGUCCUCUGGACUGUGGGGGAGUGUUCAAACAGAGGGAAGCAGAGAACCAAGGGGACUAUUCUUUGAAAGUUGGAUGGGUACACAGAAUGGGAGUUAGAAUUGCAGCUGAAUUUUUAAAAUUGAGAAAAUCCACCAUUAUGCACCAAAAGUUUGAGAUUUCUGCUAAAUUUGAAGAAGAUUAUUGCACUGUGACAGGAGUUCUAUUGAACCUGCAAUGUUAUCGGCAUACUGUAACACUUCAGGCUUUCUUGAAUGUAAAGCAGGUUGGUUUGUCUCAUAGAAUUCAUAGAACAUUGCAGCACAGAAACAGGCCAUUCAGCCCAUCUAGUCCAUGUCAAACUUUUAAUCUGCAUAGUCUCGUUGACCUACAUUUGGAUCCAAGCCUUCCAUACCCCUCCCAUCCAUGUAGUUAUCCAAAUUUGUUGUAACUGCUGAAAUUGAACCCACAUCCAUCAUUCUACACUCUCGUGCUCUUAUGUUAGCUCAGCCGCUGAGCCCACUGGGGACUGCAGUAUCCUUGUGGUCAAAUGUAUUCAUUCCCUGUCUGUCUUUCGGCAUGUUUCUCCCACCUGCCCUCAUCCCUCCCUUCUGUUCAUGAUGUACUCUCUCAGCCACCCGGAUUUGCGGGUCUCUCUCGGUCAAUGCUAUACGCUCGGUCAAGUAGAAAUAUCCUCGGAAUGGUUACUCCUCAUACCUUGCUCCCCAAUUCAUACUCUACUCAUCAGACACAAGCAACACCCCAAGGAUACUCUUCAUUUCCUUCCACCCACUUCACAAACAGGAUUCCCCCCCCAUAUCCCACCCAAAAUCUGGAUCCAUCUGCCAUGCACCUCACCCCUAAUGUUCCCAUUCUCAUCUGCUUAUUGGAAUGCAGCUCUGCGACCGCUUUGUGUUCUUGCUUAUCUCCUUCCAGCAGUUGUCUCCCAUCUUUACACUCUCCUCCCCUAACCUCGAUCCAUCUGCACUAUCCCCUUUCCUCUUUCUUCUCUCUCUCUCUUUGUCUGCCUUCAUCUAUCAUUCACUUGCCACACUCCCAUAAGGCUUUAGGCCAUUUGGCCCAACAAAUCUGUUCCACCAUUCCAUCAUGGCUGAAUUAUUAUUCCUCUCAACAUUCUGCUGCCUCCUUUUCAUAAAAUUAGGCUCCCAACUCCACCCUAUUUGGCAUUGCUUACCUGUCAACUUCCACCCCUCCUCAGUCCGCCAGUCUGCCCAGAAUUCUUUCUUAGUGCUCCUCUCUCCUCAUACACCAGCAUCUCCUCUCUCCAGGCUCAGUCCUGAUGCAAGGUUUCAACUGAAUGUCAACAAUUCCUUUCUUCCCACAGACAGUGCUCAACCCGCUGAGUUCCUCUGGCAGAUUGUUAGUGUAGAAUAAAACUUCCAGUAAUUAUGGCUGGGCUUGACUGGUUUGAACAACAGGAUGUUUAAGUUGCAAAUCUGUGCACAGUUAUAUCUAGACAAUGCUUGGGAUAAAUAAUAAUAUAGUUUAAUGUCUGGGCACUUGGAUCAUCAAGAAACAAUUUUUAAAGCUACUAACUUGAACUAAAGACUAUUACAAACUCAGAACCCAGUCCUUCUGUAAUACAGUUCUUCAAAACAGCAGUAAAUUAUGUUACAAGCCUUUGGAGUGUGAAUUUACAGUCAUAAGUCUCAUUAUUUUUCUGUGACUUCUGCAAUAACACAUGCUUUGUGAGCUGAAAUGCUUUCAUUUCCCUAAAUAGAGCAAUCUAGAGAACAGUCGACAAGAAAGCCAGUGUUCUGGGUGGAGUGAGUAGAUUCAUCGAUUCUGCAUAGUGACCCCUUGUCUUGUGGCAUCCUCCAGCCCCACCCUCCCUGCCCCCCCCCCCCACCUACAGCAGCGAACAUAGUUGCAGCGAGGUCACUUUCUGAUGUCCUGUGCUGGGCUCAUUUCCUUCUGUCCUAUGAAAGUGAGGAAUUCAAUGUUAUGGAGCUAAUGAAGGCUAUAAAUAUUGUCAUCACAGUAUCACCGCAACACUCCUGGGAAAACAGACCCAGCCAUAAGACCAUAAAACAUUCGGCCCACCAAGUCUGCUCUUCCAUUCAAUAUGGCUGAUUUAUUAUCCCUCUCAACUCCAUUCUCCUGCCUUCUGCCCGUAACCUUUGAGCUGUCUGUAGCAAUGAAUUCCGUAGAUUCACUAUCCUAUGGCUAAAGAAAUUCCUCUUCAUCUUUCUCCUUCUGUUCUGAGGCUGUGUCGUCUGGUCCUAGACUCUCCCACUAUAGGAAACAUCCUCCACACCCACUCUAUCUAGACCUUUUAAUAUUUGAUAGGUGUCAUUCUUCUAAACUCCAGCAAGUUCAGGGCUCAGAGCCAUCAAAUGCUUACCUGUCCACCUCACCCUUCCUGCCAACAUACUCACCUUCAAAUGAUCACAGCAUUGCCAGAAGAAGAAAUGAAAACUUAGCUGCUUUUGGACUGAAUUUUGUUUUAUAAAAUUCAUCUAGAUUACACUAUGGUGCAGUUACAAACCCACUCCACUCUCGCCUGUUACUUCUGCUGGAACUGGUGCAUUUUGUUUUAGGGCAGAUUGCUAAUUUUGUCCACAUAAUUCAUAAAUUCAAAUGUCUUUCAUAAUUUUUGUAAAGUGAAUGUUACCGGAGUCAGUUUUCUACCUGCAGGAAACACUGAAAUAAUGGCAUUUGUUCCUCCGACAUUUCACCCAAUAAUUGAGUUGUAUUAUUUCUCGGUCUGUGUAUGAUUGUUUACAUAUAUUUUGUCCCUGGCUUCCAGACCCUAUCGGAUGCUGUCCAAAGCACAUGGCAAUGAAGGAUGACAGAGAGGCCUCGGUGCUUGCAACUGCCCGAGAAACCCAGUAGUUUUCUUAUUGUAUAGAAUCACAAGGGAUGUUUGGGAUUCGUGCAUAGCCUGCACAAUAUCCUGUUAUAUAUCAAUGUGUUUUAUAAUUGGUUUCGGCAGUUUUUAAAUCCAAUAAUUUCAGAGGAAGCAUUGUUAAUAUGUCUGUACAAAGAGAACAUAAUUUUCCCUCACUUGUAUUUUUGUUAUUGAGCAAGUUUAUCCAAAUAAAUGAUUGUCUACUAAAGGAACUGGUGAUUGUCUCGGUGCAAUAUACAGAUCAGUUACACACACAAACUGCUGGAGGAACUCGGCAACUCAAACAACACCUAUGGAGAGGAAUAAAGUGCCGACAUUUUGGGCCAAGACCCUUCAUUGGGACUGUCCUGAUGAAGAAGUGUCAACUCUUUAUUCCUCUCCAUUGAUGCUGCUUGACCUGCUGAGUUCCUCCAGCGGUUUGUGUGUGUAUUAACUGGAUUUCCAGUUUCUGCAGAAUUUCCUGUGUUCAUGAGACCAUAAGAUAUGGUAGCAGUAUUAGGCCAUUUGGCCCAUCAAGUCUGCUCCACCAUUUCAUCAUGGCUGAUCCAUUUUACUUUCAGCCCCAGUCCCCUGCCUUCUCCCCAUAUCCCUUCAUGUCCUUACCAAUCAAAAAUCCAUCAUCCUCUGCCUCAAAUAUACAUAAAGUCUUGGCCUCCAUACCCAUCUGUGGCAAUAAACUGCACAUAUUCACCACUCUCAAACCAAAGAAAUUCCUCUUCAUCUCCUUUUUAAAAGUUCAACUUCUUCUUAAGGUUGAGGAUUUUAAAAGAUUUGCUUUACUUGUCACAUUUACAAUUUUGUGUCAAGGACUAACACAGUCCAAGGAAGUGCUGGGGGCCGUGUAAAAGUAUUGACAGGCUUCUGGUACCAACACAGUAUGUCCACAACUUACUAACCCUAACUCAAAUGUCUUUGGAAUGUGAGAGUAAACCGGCGCACCCUGAGGAAUCCCACACGGCCACAGAGAGAACAUGCAAACUCUUUACAGGCAGCAUCGGAAUUGAAUCUUGAUUGCUUGCACUGUAAAGCAUUAUUCUAACCCUACGAUACCCCGUCACCCAUUGCACACUGCACAUUGUAGAUCCCACAUCCACAAGACAUGAGGAACUCAGCAGGUUAGGCAGCAUCUAAGGAGAGGAAUAAGCUGUAUAAGCAAUUGACUUUUCGGGCUAAGACCUUUCAGCAGGACUUCCUCCAGCAUUUUUGGUGUGUUGGUCAAGACUUCUGCAUAAGCAAUUGACAUUUCAGGCUAAGACCCUUCAGCAGGACUUCCUCCAACAUUUUUGGUGUGUUGGUCAAGAUUUCUAACAUCUGCAGAAUCUCGCGUGUGCAAGAUAAAAUGUAAUAGAUAGUGUGGUCACAAUUAAACAAUGUUCUCUGGAGGCUUGGGGGUAAACUUCUUUCUAAUAUUGCAGUGGAAAUUCUCACAUUGCUGUCUGUGGUCAGGACCAUACCUUACAAUGUAUUUAUAAUACAGAGAACAUGAGUUGUAAAGAGUCCUUCUCAGAGUACAUAUGUGUCACCAUAUACAAUCCUGAGAUUCAUUUUCCUUGGGUAUAC